GAAGCUGGAAGGAUGACUCCGUUCCUCGUCGCCAUUUUCUUGCUCGCCCUUUCAUCCCUGACCACCGCAGCCGAAUUCAAACAAGUCUUUGAGUGGGAUGAAAUGGAUUACGAGUGGCCGUCGGAGGAAAGCAGGGCACGGGCCUUGGAAGAUGGAACUUUCAAACCUGAGGGCAUCCUUCCUCUUUACAUGGCUGUGCACGGAACAAAGAUCUUCCUCGCCCUUUCAAUAAGGUUUGGCAUUCCGGUGAGUCUGGUGUCUUUGCCGACGAGCAGCGCGUCCUCCGAAAACGCACCCCCGAAACUCACUCCAUUCCCCUCGUGGGACAUGAAUGGAAAAAAUGGAGAUUGCACCAAAAUCGAGGAAGCAUGUGGCUUGGAAGUGGACUCCAUUGGCAGGCUGUGGAUGCUCGACAGCGGUAGCGUGAAAUGCAACGCCAAACUAUGGACCGUCGACUUGUCCAAUUACGAUCGAACCAGACUAAUUCACCGUUUUUCUUUUCGCGAUAACGUGCACGACUUGGUGCUCGACGAAACGCCCGACGGAACCUUUGCCUACAUCUCGCGUCAGAGUAAACCACACAUUGUCGUGUUUAGUUUGGAAAGAAAUCAAUCUUGGACGGUGGACACGCCAGGAAUCAAGGCUUUUUCCACUGCCCUGUCCCCAAAGAAUCAGGAACCGAGACAGCUCUACCUCAGCAAAUACGACUCCGAUGAACUGUAUUCAAUUUCCGUUGCCGCACUCCGCAGUGGUACUGGAGCUGCAACUGCGAAACUAAUCGGAAAGUGGUCUGCAAAACCUUACAGAAUGCUGAUGGACAACCACGGGACAAUCUAUGCCGCCUUUUGGGGCAAGAAUUACACAUCCUCUUGGAACUCUUCCCUGCCAUUUCAGGAGCAGCGUUUUCAUGAGGUUGCCAAACUAACUGCUGUAUGGCCGUUUACUUUUGCCUUGGACUCGAUGGGAACCUUUUGGAUGACUGUAUUUAUAAAUUAUACAGGGAGCAAGCCAAGGUGCAGGCUACUCAAGGCUGCAGUCGGUGCGGAGCCAAACAUCAAUGACUCUCCGACGACAGAACGCUCCAGCUCAUCUUCUCCGACACUUGAUCCAACUCCCGAAACCUCAACUCAAAUUCAAACAAGGACCGAAACAGUUGAAGAACUUACCCAUGAGCACGCAAUUGCCAGAAUUUAACCACUAAGAGCGAUGAGAGAGGAGUUCAACGUAAUACCUGAGACUCCUCUGCCAUAAACAUGAAUAAUAUAAAAUAAUCAUAAACCUUUUUUGUGGUUAAAUCUUUCUUUAAUAUGUUAAUCGUAAUUAUUCUUGGUAAAAGUAAAAAUUGUACCUUUUGUUAAUUUAAAAAAAAUACA